GUGAGUGGUCGCGUACAUAAAUACAACCAAACUACUCGUGGACUUUGCCGUUCUUUCUUGUUCUCUUUCCAUCAUCGCUGCAGGUUUCGUGUCGCUUACGACAGCUUUAAACAGCUACACAUCGCACUCUUCCUUUCUAUUUCUUGUCGAGCACAAUCGUUUGUUUUUAUCACAGUAUUAGUUUCAUUCCCCAUGACUCGCGAUACAUUUGCCAUCAAGGUUGAGAAUAUUCCUGAAAAUGUCAAUUUGAAGGACAUCGAAUCCAUUUUCAAUAACGCUGUUGGUCCUGUACAACGUGCGGAGAUUCAUCGUGACGAAACGACCACGCCGCACUGCGUGCUAUAUUUUCUCACACACGAUGCCUUUAAGAAAGCUCUGCGGAUGUCUGGUUACAACAUCGGUGGUUCCUCUAUUAUCGUGACACCCGCCAAUAGCAAAAUGUCGUCUCCAAGCACUGGCAGGAAUUCAGAUGCGCGUCGAAAUCUCUACGUCCUCGGUCUACCGUUUGAUCUCACCAAGCCUGAAUUUUCCGCCCUGUUUUCGCGCUUCGGCACUGUUAUGCACGCUGUGAUUCUCGCUACUGUCGAUAAUGCAUCUCGCCGUCGCGGGUUCGUGGUAAUGUCAUCUCACGAGGAAGCCAAACAUGCAAUGAAUGCACUCUCGCGAACGCAAAUAAAAGGACACACUCUUGAUGUAUCUUGGGCCGUUGUACAACGUUCUCAAGGCUUCUUAGAUGGCGCAGACAGGACGAUGAUGCUGGCAUCCUCGAACCCUUCGUCACUUCCGGAAAUGGAGUUCGAUCGCCAACCCGCACCUCCGAUCAUCAGUUCGCCCCAAAACGCCACCAAACAAUGGAAUGUCUCAUUGGCACCUUCCUCGAAGCUGGUGGUAUCGAACUUGCCAACCAUUCUCUUUGCUCAGACCAGUGACUUGCAUCCUCUGUUCUAUCCUUUCGGUCCUAUUAAGGAGGUGAAGCUUAUGGAUUCUACUACGCUCGGCAAUGGAACUACGAGCGCUCUAGUCGAAUACGUGAAUAUUUUCAAUGCUCAGGAAGCCAAAGACGCACUUCAACGACAGUUCUAUGGGACCUCACGCCUGGAAGUCCGAUUCAUCCAAGACAAUAUCCAUCCGGUUGACUCGGCUGCUGCUGCAUAUGCCCAGUCUCCCAUGCUAUCGAAAACAUCUGAUGCUGGACUUAAUCCCUGUGCUGCUCCUUUUGUCUUUGGAUCUCGCCACUCACCACCCUUGGCUUCCGGUCUUAGCUGCGUUGCGCACGAUGCGUUUGUAAACGAUUUCUACUCCCCACCUGGUCUUCCCAGCGAUACCUUUCAAGCCGCCUCAUUCGCGCCCCACCCUGUUACAUAUCAUCUCAGGGCCCAUGUUGCCGAUACAAUUUCCAGAUCCAGCUCUGCAACGAGUUCGAGCUGGAGUAACGAUACUCGUCCGUACAGGUCUUCUCGUGCACCGUUCUCUUCUUUCACACGCGCGAACACACCCGCACGAUUCACACCACUCUUCUAUGCUUGAUCGAUUCACUUUUCCGUAUCGCCCAUUCGUGCUCUUCGCAACUUUAAUGCUCCACUACCUUCAAGAGAUGGACUCGGACUUCUUCUAGGCAAAAAAAUAGCACCCGCGCAUUAGUCUUUAUGUUAUCGAUUCUUGUUUUAAGUAUGUCAUUCAUAUGUUUUAGCCGUCUGUUUGCUUUAAUUAGUAAUAACGUCUGUCUUUUGUCUACAUGUAGUCGCUGUUAUGUUCGUCCUGUAGGGACUUGUAACCAUGGGUUUUGUCCACUGUACUGUUGAGAGAGGUGGCCUCCAGAUAAUAUGCGCCAGUGCACGUGGUAGACU